AAACGUGAACACACUCUACUCUAUUCCUUCUCCUUGAAAACCCUAGCGCCGCCGAAUCUCCUUCUUCCUCUCCCUCCGACCACCGCACCUCUAAUCGAAGAAAGGAGCUUAUUUUCGUGUUCAUCAUCACGUGACCUUCAACUUGAACCGUUGAUUUUUUUUGACAGUCACUUCCGGCCACCCUUUCACUGCCUCCCACCGCCGCGACUCUAGGCAAAGAACGGGGACUUUUUCUGCUCCAUUUAGCACAUCCUUUAGGAUAAACAUAUGGCUCCCCUCAACAUUUCAAAAUUUGAGGGUUUUAUUGUAUCUGAUCAAUGGCUUCAAAGCCAGUUUACACAGGUUGAACUUCAUAGCCUCAAAUCAAAAUUUGUGUCUUUCAAAAAUCAGAAUGGGAAGGUUACAUUUGGAGAUUUAUCAUCUUUGAUGAUUAAACUAAAGGCGUUUGUAGAUAUGUAUAAUGAAGAUUAGGGGGAUCUUGAAUGAAUCUGGCAAUGAUUUUACCAAUGAUGUUGAUUUUGAAGACUUUUUGAAGCUAGAGAGGCAGCUUGGUAGCUUCAAUCAAGUUGCUGUUCUGAUGCAUAAUGACUGCCUUUAUCUUUUCCAGGAGAUACUUGGAUUUGCAUUUGAGGCUAUAGAUAGUGCUGAUGGAUUUCAGAAUACUCAUCAAAUGCAACAAUAUGAGUCGGCUAAAUUCAGCAUUGAUCAGGUUGUUUUCAUUCUGCAAAAAGUGCAUAUCAUAUGGGAACCAUUUUUGCUUCCUUCAACUUACAGGAAAAGCAUGUGUACAGUAUUAGAAUCAGUUUUCUCUAGAAUUUCUAGAGAUAUACUUCUCCUAGAUGACAUAGCUGCAAAUGAGACUUUACAGGAUAAAUUUGAACAGAAAAAGUUGGAGAUUUCUUCUCAGAAGCCAACUAUUCCAGGAGAGGACGAAGCUGAUAGUCAACCAACUAAUGAAAUGCCACCUGAUUUGGAUAUAUGGGUAAUAGGGUAUUUGGUCUUGGAACCGCAUCUAAGACUUUGGUUUCUGUAUCAAAAAACCCUCAAGUCUUUCAAGUGACUCUCAAGAGGUUGAUGUUUUGAGAAGUCAAGUCCAUGCUUUAAAUGCAUCGUUGCAAAGACAAGAACAAGAGAAGAUGGUGAUGAGGCAACAAUUGCAUCGACAAGAAGAAAAGAUAGCCGAAGCGAAUAAUAAAAUUUCAUUUUUAAUGAAUCAUUUAGGAUUUGUUGGGCCUUCUUCUCAUCCACCACAACCCACUAAUGAAAGUGAGUACACAAAUGAAGAUGGCGUCGAUGAAACAGAUGAAAAAGAUUUGAUUUGUACUUUUUUUUCAUUUUGACUUAGUUUUUGGAUUGUAUUAUCUUUUUAACUUGAUGGACAAA